AUUAUGUUCCAAAGCGUGAGAAUCACAGAGCUGCCGACAGCGGUGUUUCCGUCUGCGAUCGCAGAGGUUCGAAUGGACGACAUUUGGACCAAAGUGAUACGGAAGGACGCGUUCUGCGCCAUGACGAUCUACAGCGUGACCAUCAGCAACGCGUCCAUUUUGGAGAUCGAGACCGGCGCUUUCAGCGACAGAGCCCUGAUCCAGAGGCUGGAAUUCGUCGACGUCAGGCUGCAGAGCAUCGAAAGGGGAGCGUUCCGGGCUGGUCACGACAACCUCACCAUUCAAUAUUCGAGGCUCUCCGAAGUGGAGACUGGCGCCAUCGACAUAUCCGCAGCGACGGUUAGCUUCAACAACAACGAGUUCCAGAACCUCCAGCAGGGAGCGAUCGUGCUGCAUCAAUGGAACCACAUAGCGAUCGAUUACAAUCUCUUCGUGGACCUAAACACUGACGCGAUCACGGCAGAGGUGGAAGCGACUUCAGCCCCAAACUUCGAGUUCUCCUUCACGGGGAAUCACAUACACAAAGCUAGGCCAGGCUCCCUGAAAUUCGCCGCGAUCUCGCAACGCGUGAACACCGCACGCGUGGGCAACAAUUAUUUCAAAGAGAAAUGCCGAUGCACCCUGGACAAGUGGAUCCGCGAGGUGACCGGGAAGAACAGCUCGGUUUCGUGGAUGAUGGAUUCCAGUUACUGCGUGGUCGAUCAACUUCUGGACAAGUGUUUCAACUUGCCCCAGGGUUACAUGUCCAUGAGGAACUUUACGAAGGUGAUCUGCAUGCCUGGCGACCACAUCUACUGCGAGAAACCGUCCGCCAAGCCAGAACCGAGUGUCAGUCCGCCCAGUGUCGGCCCUCACGUGUACCCUAGGCACAAGGGUUACUUCGACCUAGAGAUGAGCGACUCGGACCAGUUGCAACGAGAGAAACGGAUCAUCGUGGUGAUCUGCGUGGUGGCGGUGUUCACAGUCCUCGUUGUCAUUCUUGCCUCGGGUAUCCUCUACAUGCGUCGCAACGGUGUUUGUCCAAAGUUAACGUCCGGUCACUUAAUGAAUCUCGCCAGCUUGUUCUCACCCAGUAGCGGAAUGACAGCUGCUACGUCAGCUAGGUCGAUAUCAAGACUGAGCGUACACGAGUACGCUGGUCUUCAACCCGAGACCAGAAUCCUAGAGGUAGAAACGCAGCCGGAGGCAACAGAGGACGAAGAAGAAGACGCCGAGGGACUCUAUCCAUACACCGAGACCAAGGCCACGCAGACCUUACCGGAAGAGCUAACAGAGGAAUACCUGAGGGAUCUCAGAGAAAGGCUGAACGAUCCUGAUAAUUAUAACCAAGCCAGAGACAUGAUAGAGCACCUCUACGAUCUGAUAAAAGUAGAGGAGAGCUGCAACAAUAAUAAUGACAGGCAACCGUCCGACAGGGAGGAAAACGCGUACGACGUGAUCCGACCGAAGCAAAGAAGAAAGGGCCCGCCCAAGCCCACCGUCAGCGUGGGCACCAAAGUGCCAUCGUUAGAGAAACUACUGCCAGGUGGUAUACAACCCAGGCCACCGUUGACCGAGUACACGGAGCCCAGGGACCAAAGAACGAACGAACAGAAUCAUCUCUACGCGGAGCUACCCGGUGACGAGACGGUACCCAGCACCAGCAGACUGUCCCAACCGAUAUUAGCUACCCUAGCGGGACGAGCGCCGCAACCACUGCCACCGGAUGUCGUCAACGAUCAUCUGAUAAACGGUCAUUCGAGCCAAACGUACAGCACUCCGACGACCGAGAACCACAGGCCACCGGACAGCCCGAAAUUCGAACCGAUUCGAAACCAAGGCAGGCCGAUGAGCUUCCUGAAGGCUCUCGGCGAGAGUAUCCUAGGUGGCUCGAAGACUGGCAACAACAAGAGGCCAAAUUCGCUGCUCUGCGAGUACGCGGAACCGUCCGACGCGACAACCCACCUCUACUCGGAACUACCUGAACCCCAAACCUUGACCCCAGCGUGCAAAAUGGCGAACAGGCCGCUGCCAACCAAACCCGACCAAGAUUCCGUGAACAUGGCGAGGGUGUAACGACGCCCAAUGCCGAUUGUCUGUGAUAUAAUGUGUGUGCGUGCGUGUCGAGAGCGAAAACUGAAAGGAUGUUCUCUCGUGGUUCUUGCAUAUUUCCUAAUUCGUGCUUGCUGACCAAGCGUGCGGUGUGGUGACGUACUACCGUGGAUGAAUAUUGCUGAGGAGGAACCAGGACCGUCGGGUUCUCUCGCGGGACUAUUUUUAAGCGUUGUAUAAAGAUAGGAAAAUUGAACGCGGAGUAACGUUUCCGCCCCGGUUUUGUUGUAUCUUUUUCUAGUUCGCGCGCGGAGUAUGGCUGAACGGACGACAAUGGUCGAAAGAUGAGUUUUUAUUUAAACGACUGGAAAACCGCGGAUGUAUCAUAGAAUUUAUAUAUAUUUGCUUCGUCAGGUAUUAUUAAAGGAGUACUAUUUCCACGUA